GAAAUCCGGCUAAGGCAACACCCACCCGUGAUCUUUAUGAGCACCGCGUUCGAUGACACGUCGUUCGACGGCACCAGUGGUGGUCCGCCAUCCCACCUUAGCACGAGCGUCGUGAAUCCGCGUCCGUGGGAAUGGGGCAAGUACGUGACCCCGUUGUCGCGCGAAGGCUUCUUGGAAAAGCAAAGCCGCAAGGAUCGCACCACGUGGAAGCGUCGGUGGGUGGUCAUGCAAGACAACGUGUUGUACUUCUUCAAGGAACCGUUCCCGGCUACGAACGUCAACCUGUACGAGAACGACAACUUGCUCCUGCAGCUGUACCGUCACGGCUCGAUUCAACUCGACACCGUCGUCACCGUAUGCACAGCGAAGGAGUGGGGGCCCGCCGCGUUCCAGAUCAAAGUUCACGAGCGCAAGCACAUCUUCAAGGCCGCGUCAAAAGACCAAAUGAACAGUUGGCUCUUUGAAUUCCAUCGUUCCAUUGCCAACCUCAUCGUCAUGCUCCGUUCCAAGAGUCUCAGUGCCAGCAUCACUCGGCACAUCGAGAGCGCGCGGCGGCAGCAUCGCAGCCAGUCGUUUGACUGCCGGGACCACAUCAUGUUUGACCAGCUGGCAUAUUGCGUGCCCUACGACGAGUACGCGGCGCCGCUGCGGCACUCGAUAGACUAUAUCGCCGCCGCGUCGUCGUCGCCAAACAACACUCGCACACCCCUGGGUAGCACCCCCACCAGCAGCAGCUUCAAGAGCCCUUGCACCAGCCCCAACUUCUUUCCAUUUCAGCUGGACGAACUCGGGAUGGACGAGGACGAUGCCGUGGACGAAGAAGCAGCAGCCUUGCAAUUGCCUCCAUCGUUUGACGAGUUGGUAGCGACCACUACGUGUGAAACAGCAACUCCAAUAACGACCUCCGCCCCGUUACCCAGCUCCAACGCGCCGACUACCCCCGUGGCCAAACCAGUUGCAACCGUGAAACGAGCGUACGUACCGCCCCAUCUCCGCAAGGGAUACGUCUCGCCGCCGCCGCCAAUGCCAUCCUCAAACCCGCCGCCUCCGAUCGAGUAUACCCACCUACAUGGCGAUAGCGCCAUGCACGGCACUCACAUGUUUGGAUGCACGUCGCUCGUGGGCAAGCGGCCGUCGCUGGAAGACAUGAUCUGUGUCCGCCCAGACUUUAGCCCAACCCAAGCCGUCUAUGCUCUCUUUGACGGUCACUCUGGAGUUCACGCAGCCAAGUACGCCAUGAACACGUUGCCUGCGAAGCUCCACGCUCACGUUGGCUUUGACACCCCCGGGGGUUGGCGGCAGGCGUGCACCGACAUCUUUCGAGAAAUCGACGCCGAGUGCCUCGUUGACCCGACCGCCGCGGCCACGGGCACCACGGCGUCGGUGGUGGUCGUCCGCGGAACCAAACUGCUCACAGCCAACAUCGGAGACAGCCGCGCCGUCAUGUCUGUGAAAGGCCAAGCCAUCGACAUUAUGGGGGUGCAGCACCCAGGGCGUGAAGACGAACGCUCCCGCAUCGAAAAGGCGGGCGGAUGGGUUGUGGAAGAGCAAGAACUCCAUAUGAACAAGCUGCACGGGAUGGACUUGAACGACCCGCUCAUCGAGCAAAAGGCGAAUCGUGUGGUUCAGUGGAUGCAUAUUUUUCGCGUACGUGGGUGUUCGAUCUAGAUGAAGUGAAUGGCGAGUUGUCCGUGUCCAGGGCAAUCGGCGACAUCGAUUACAAGCGCCCGAAUGAGUGCUCGACGUGGUUCUACCCUGAGAACCAUCCCCGCACAGCGUUCACGGAUAGUUUGGUGAUUGUCGACCCAGAAUUUGAGGAAUUCGAAAUCACGCCAGAGAUUGAGUUUUUUGUGCUCGCGUGCGAUGGGCUGUGGGACACGAUCACGAGCCAGGAAGCAGUGACCCACGUCCGGGAAAAGUUGCUCCAGAAUCUGUCUAUGCAGGACAUCAGCUACUCCCUCGCCGACCUCGCGAUUCGAUCGGGGUCCCUUGAUAACGUCAGUGUCGUCGUGACCCUGUUGCAAGAUCGGAGUAGCAUAACGUAACCAUGUAGUGGUGUCCGCUGGGUUUUGCUCUAUCACUUUAUAUAGUUUCGUAUGGUUUCAUGUGAUUCUAAAUAGACUGGAGGAUGAUAAUAG